AUGUUGGCGUUCGAAGCAUCGAUUCUAACAUUCCUGAUGGUAUUAAUCUCGACCGCAACAUUGUGCAUCGGUCAGAAUAGUUCGAACAAAUCGGUGCAAGUGCUGGAAAGAUUUUCGAUCGUCAAUAAAUCUCCCAGCAAAGAUGAAUUGCCGAUUGAAAGUUCCGAAAAUUUUUAUCGUGUACUAGACUCCGUGUUAAGUUACACGGAUUUCGAUUAUCUCGUAGUUGCCAUCGGCCGCUUCGGCUUUCAGAGUAAAAAUCAUGAGAUCGCGAUGGAAUAUGUUCACCGACGAUUUUUCGAUUUCUACCAGUACGAUGUUGAGGAUUUUGCGAAAGAAUCGAACGAUUUACCGGAUGGCAUGACCUGGAUCAUUCUGAUCGACGACCACGAGCUUCUAACGGCUAGGAUGAAGGAGAUCGAGAAUUUUUGGCGAUCGGAAAAUCGGUAUCUGAUUUUUUGUUUGAAGGAUAGUGAAGGAUCGGAUGAUUGGAAAAAUUCGUUGUUCCGAUACGUUUGGAAUGAACGAAGUGUCAGCAGGAUCCUCGUUUCAUCUUUGAAAGAAAAGUUUCGCUAUGUCUACCGAUAUUUACCUUUCGAAAAGACGGGUAACGAAUAUGGAAGAGUCCAAAAGUUGGAUUUGGAGAGAGAAAUUUGCGACGAUCGAAGAUCGUUUGACGAGCUCCCAUGUCCCUGGAAUCGGUCUGAACGCGGCACCGAUGAGAGACUCAUAUUCGAAGAUUUUAUAAAUUUGAAUGAUUAUCCGAUAGACGUUACGGUUUUUCCAUCGCUUAUGAUGAAAAUUAGCAAGAUUGGGAAUAAUAAAAUAGUUUACGAAAAGCUGGAUGCAAAAGUUAUGAAACUUCUCGAGGAACGUUUGUCCGCUGUUUUCAACAUCCUCGUACUACCUACGAGUAAAACCGAUCGGUUCGAAGCGGCGAUCCAAACCUUCAAUUCCAAACCGAAAGCGGAGGUCAUAUUUACUAGUUACUUGACAAAAUUCUACGAGGGCCGUUACCAGUUCACCGCAGCUACAUUGGAGGACAAACUGUGCGUGGUGGCCCAUUCAUCGAAGCGGGUGCCGAAAUAUUUUUUUCCCUUUUUGCCAUUUACUACCGAUCUCUGGCUUCUGCUCAUAGCUUACAACUUUGCAAUUGCUCUUUUAUGGCUCCUGAUUCAACGACUGGAUGCUUUAUUCCGUGAUAAUAAGUCUCUCGGCAGAGUUGAACCGAUAAUCGAAUUGUCGGCUAAUAUGAAGUCAGAAUCGGACCCCCGGAGAUUCCGGUAUUUGGGCUUCGACGCUUGCGAAUCGUCAGGAUUAAGUAAACGCUCAAAAAUGACCGUUUUGGAAAGACUCGAUCGAAGGAGAAUUAUUAAGAAACCACCGGAGCUCCCUAAAGGAUUACUUCAGAUUUGCGAUCUCUUAAUACUCGCUGGAUCGCCGCUGCGAGGUGGAAAAACCAUUGUCGAGAGAGUUUUUCUCUUUGGGACACUAUUUUUCGGUCUCAUCGUUAUCGGUCUGUACGAGAGCUAUCUGGUCUCAAGUUUGAGCAAAAUUCUUUAUUAUCCACAAAUUCAAACGCUCCAACAAGUCGCUGAAACGAAUUGUUCGAUCGUUACGAAAUACGUUAACCUGAUGCAUAGCAUACCGACUGAUGGUUCACCGACGUUAGAAAAGAUACGAAGAAAAGUGGAAUUUCUGGAAGGAGAUACGAAAACAUAUGAUAUGGUUGCUUACAGGGAGAAGAUGUCGUUAGCACUUCAUUCUUCGUUUAAAUUGGAGAAUUUGACGGCGUAUUAUGAUCCGGAAACAAAUAGAUUAAUGCUACACAUGGUAGAGGAAUGUCCAGCGACGUAUUCCGUCGCCUAUCUCGCCAGAUACGAUUCACCCUACGUGGAGAGAAUCGAUCGUCUCAUUCUGAGGAUGCAACAGGCUGGUCUCAUUAUAAUGUGGUAUCGACAAAUGCUUGAGACAGGAAAAAUAGUUGCGAGUCGUUUGGAACUGAAGGAGGAUAAAAAACAUUCUAGUUUGACCUUGGGUCACAUAUCGAUGACCUUGGCAGGCCUUGGAAUCGGCUUACUUAUCAGUACACUUGUUUUUUUCGGAGAAAUAUAUUUCGCUGUGAAAUUUAAAAAACCCGUUUCUCGCUUGAUGUUGAAUUGAUAAAUUCUCACCAUAUACGAGGGAUUCUCUCUCAAACCAGCCACUUUCUUCUCGACCAUCUCAGA